GCCUAAUAACAUAACGGGCUGUGAGAGAGUUUUCUACAGGAUAGCUAAUAACAAUUGCGGAAGACCUUGUACAGUGGCUCACCAGCUUUCUAAACUCGUUUUCUAAAAGCGUGAGAAGCACCAGAUGGUGGUUGCUGUCGCAGAGAAAUGGAGCUGUCGUCGGAGCACAUCAAGACCGCGAAUGUUGAAGAUGUUACCCUGAGAAGACCUUUCCAUCCAGCGCUCAGAGGAACCCUGUGUGUUACCAGCCACCACCUUCUGUUCUCCGACAGAAAGGAUGAAGCUUCCUGGCAACUUCUCUUGCUCCUCAAGAACAUCGAUGCCAUUGAGAAAAGUGUCGAGAAUCUUUUCGGAUACCCCAGGGCUGUUGGACAAUCCUCCGGUACAAUCACCAUUAAAUGUAAGGACCUGCUUGUUCUUCAGCUGGAAAUUCCUGGAAUGGAGGAAUGUCUGAACAUUGCCAGUUCUAUAGAGGCUCUCUCGUCUCUGGAAAGUGUGACGGAGAUGUAUCCCUUCUUCUACAGACCGUCACACCUCGCUCUGUGUGGCCCGUGGGGGUUGUCCUCAACAGAGGAAUAUUACAAACAAACAGAAAGGCUGUGGGACAAGUGGAGAGUGAGUACAGUGAACUCGGAUUAUUCUGUAUGUCCAUCGUAUCCAUGUGCCGUCAUUGUGCCUUGUGAGGUUGAUGAUGACAAGUUGGUCCGGUCUGCCCGCUUCCGACAGGGCAGCAGAUUUCCUGUCCUCUCCUACUGUCAUCACCGAAACGGAAUGGUGAUCAUGCGAAGCAGUCAACCUUUGACAGGAGCCAACAGGAAGAGGUGUAAGGAGGAUGAACUCCUUCUCCAGGCUGUGAUUGAUGAAUCAGAGAUGGGUUACAUCAUUGAUCUGCGCUCUGCCCAACAAGCCCAGCAGGCCCGGAUGACAGGAGGAGGUUUUGAGUCCAAAUCUUCCUAUUACAACUGGAAGAGAAUCCAUAGGCACCAUGAAAGGGGCAAGGUUCUCCAGGAGAGUCUUAUUAAGCUUGUGGAAGCAUGCAGUGAUCAGUCUCACAGCGUGGAUCGCUGGCUCAGUAAACUGGAGAACUCCAAAUGGCUUUCUCAUGUUCACAGUGCACUGUCCACUGCGGGUCUGGUGGCAGAGUGUGUGGAGAGGGAUGCUCACUCUGUGCUUGUGCAUGGCUCUGAAGGGACAGACAACACACUGCUGGUGAGCUCACUGGCUCAGCUCAUCCUAGACCCCGCAUCUAGAUCUCUCAGCGGCUUCCUCUGCCUACUGGAGAGAGACUGGAUACAGGCUGGACACCCAUUCCAGCAGCGCUGUGUUCAUUCAGCAUACUCUCAUGCCCGUCUAAAGCAGGAGUGCCCGACGUUCCUGCUGCUGCUUGACUGUGUGUGGCAGGUGUGGCGCCAGUUUCCUCUCGCAAUGGAGUUUAGUGAGGCUCUGCUGCUUCGUCUGGCACAAGAAGUUUAUGCUUCAGACUAUGGAACCUUCUUGUGUAACAGUGAGCAAGAGAGAUAUGCAGCAGGAGUGAAGGAGAAGACACACUGUUUGUUUCAGGCCUUAUUGAAGCCUGAUGUUGAUGAGCAGUACCUCAAUCCACUGUACGAACCCACAGAUCUGGCCAUUUGGCCUUCAGUACAUCCUCAGUCCUUACAGCUAUGGACAGGGCUGUUCCUCAGGUGGACAGAAUAUGCUCAGAACAUGGAAGAAGCCAGAGAGGAGGUGUGGAGCAUUGUGAAAGAGCACAAAGAGAGAGCUGGAUCUGACAGGACCAAUAAUAAUAACACAACAAGUACACACUGUGACACCUUGACCCCAUUUGAAAACCUCAUGGAUGAGCUUACUAUUUUGUGACCUCAUGGUAGAAUGGACACUGUGAAGCCUGCUGGAAAUAUACAUUUCUUGGCAAGAGCUUCAAUUAAAUUAGCAUCACUGCCUAUCAGAUUGGCUUGCAUUUAGAGGGCUUUCAGAAGUAAUGUAAUUUAUGAGAGCAAUCUGAUGUCGUUGCAUAGUAAUCAGAUAUACUGCCAUUUGAACAUCGGACAUGUUUAUGACUGUUUGUUUGUUUUUUGGUAAAUAGUUUUCACACUGUUACAGAAGUAAGCUAAAUGUUGACUCCGUGAGAAUGUGAGAAGUUCAAGAAACCCCCAGUAGGUUUGAUAAAGCUGCAGACAGCAUUUUCAAUAUGGUUGCAUGGUUUAAUAUCUGGAAUACUUCAAUCUGAUUGGUUAAUUGCUAUAUACAGCAUCCAAAUAUGUUCAAGUAUGACCUGUUGAUGAAAGAUCUAUAUGUAACUGUCCACUGAGAGGAUUUAAACUCAAAUAAACGUUUCAUUGCUAUGCAUUUAUU